GUUGAAUGGAAGGCAGGGAGAGCCUCAUUCUGUGUCCGACUUUGGAAGCGGUAGCAUCGGGUUAGAAAAUUUACAAAUUAUUUAUUUUUCCAAUAAAAAAAAAAAAAAAGCAGAGAUAUUUGUAAUACAAUUUUUAUAAUGAGUGGUGAGCCGACAAAUAAAAUUUCCGGAUUUUCAGAUCUGGAGAAAAUGGACAAGGACCUGCAGGCUGCUAUGGAGGUGGAGCCGAAAAACCUGGACCUGGAGGAAAUCGGGAAGCAGAUCCUGGAGCAGCCGAUUGAGAAACAGGAAAUAGAGGCCAUGGAGAAGGUGGAGAUCUUGCCCAUGGAGGAGGACUUCAAGCUUUCAGAGGAUGAUCAGCUUUUUAGUGAGCCAGAGAUACUUUUCGAAGAGGAACCCCCGAUUGGCAAGGCCGAGAUGCCAGAAGCUCCAAAGCCAUCCAAAGACGGGCCGAAGAGGAGUCGCUACUGUCCCUGUUCCAUGCCCGCUGACGAGGAGAUUGCUGCCAUGAGCGAGGACGAGUUAUUGGACUUCCUCAUCGAUGUGGUGGUGUUCUUCCCGGAGGAUAUGCGCCGCCACCUCCUUCCGUACGCCCUGGAGAACCUCAAGAGCCUCAGCAGCCGCAUCCUGCUGAAGCUCAUCCGCCACAUGAUGGAGGACUGUGCGCCGGAGGGGAAGCUGACCAUUCUGUGCAAUCUGGGGCACUGCCGCCGCAAGACCAAGAGCUGCAAUCGCAUGUACAAGGUGAACCAGAGGCGCCAGCAGCUGGCCAACCAGCCGGUGUUCGGACCCUCUGGCUCUUCAAACGGCAAUCUGGUGACCAUCAACGCCUCCGGCGACCGCGUGGAAGUACCCAUCCCGAGGAAAGUGGCCAAGAGUGUCACCUACAGUGCCCAGACCUGCGCCAAAAUAUGCGCCAUCAACUGCGCCAGGGUCUUCAUCGAGGCCCUUGAGAACAACACCCUCAUGCUGUCACCCCCGAAUCUUCCGAACAUGACGGCCAAGAAUAUCGCCGCCCUGUCCUCCCAGAUUGUCGCCAGACUGGUGGCUCCCAAGGGCGCCAAAAGUGGAGCCGAAGGCCCGGACGAAAGCGAGGCUGAGAAGAUGAUCAAAAUAACUGCCGAGGAUGUGGCCGUGGUCUCUGCGGAUCUACUGUCCCAGCUGGGCAUCAACAUACCCACCAACAACCUCAAGUCUAUGGAUAUAACCGACGAAGGUGUCAACAGGAUUACCUCCCAGCUGAUCGCCAAACUGGAGGCUCUAGUCGCCCAUAAUGGGGCUACCAAGAAUGGCGCCAAACAUAGUGCGUCGAGUGCCGCCCUAGAUGGCGCCACAAUUUCCCCAAAUGGUGGUGGAAUCGAUGGAGGCACUCCUUCCAAUGGCGGUGCAAAAUUGAGUAACGGUGUGGGCAGUUCCAGCGGCAAUGGCGAUGGGACAUUGCCCAACACCGAUCAUUCCGCUUUCAACACUGGAGAAAGUCCAGCCAUUUCGUAUCCCCAAUUGUCAGAAGAAGAAGCAGAUAGGAUCUCGGCCGCCAUCACAGCGAAAAUCACAGGCCAGGAUUCUGUGAAACUAAGCGCCCGACUAAGUGCCCGUCAAACAGCCAAGUACUUUGGCACUACUACCGUUGAAAUAGCUGCCCUAAAUACCUCUGCCGAGACUCAGGCCGCCAACUAUGCCGCCAAAGUGGCAUCGCAAUCGUCCUUCGACGUCCACCACAUUCCCAAGAUAACGGCAAUGGUGUCCGCUCGCAAGGCCGUCACUAUGGCCAAACUGCACUGGAAGAAAUACGGCGACAGAAGCGGGCUAUUGGCCAAUUUGGAGAAGCGGAAUCCGAUGCCGAGGCCGCGCAAGAUCAUCAGCACGUUGAUCGGAGGGAUGCAGUUCCGCAAGCGCCCCCACCUGGAGGCCGUCCGCCGGGUCACGCAGGGUUGUGUGCCACAUCGCAUGGAGAAGCUGGCCGUCACCAAGGUCGUCUACGAGGUCGAGGACGUCGCCGACUAUAUCUUUGACGAAUUGUGCCCAUAGAAGCCGUCCAAGAAAUGCCAAUAAAUGAAUGGCCAUUCAGCUCAUUAA